AUGGCUCCCGGAAUUCUCUCUCCCGUUCCGGGUAACUUGAACUCUUCCUUCUACUCAACCAUGCAUGGAAAUUCUCGGCAGGUCUCCGCCCUCUCUGCUGCCUUUGACAAUGACAGUAUGUCCCAGAAUGGUCGCUCCACGCGCCGGGAAUCCGGCUUUGUCCGCAAGGCCAAUGGCGUUGGAAACUCUAAUAUUACCAGUGUGGUGCAGUCUCUGCAGCGCCGCAGUGGUGAUGAGCUGGGCAAUGGUGCUUCAUCUCAGCUCCUGAACACCUCAUAUCACUCAAUCAUCGAGUGGAUUCGUUCCGAGCGGAUGAGCCAUCUGCCCCCAGAGGGUAGCAGCUAUGACAAGGUCCUUUCUUGGGCCCAGCUGUUCGUCGAUCGAUUGCACUCCUUCGACAAUGGUAUCCAAGACUUUGCUGGCGAUAGCUACCUUGCCGCCCAGUUGUCCUACGGAUACUGUGCUAUGCUCCUUGAGCUCGGCAAGGAGAACGCGCCCGCUUUAAUGAUCUCUUUCGGCUUCUUCUACAGUACCUCCUCUGCUCUGGUGAACCUUCUGGAGCGGACUGAGCUGUUCUCGGUGUCUCAGGAGAUCAAAGAGCAGCUAAUCUUGGCCCUGGCUGACUUGGUCACCCUUGUCGCUAGUGUGUCCACCCACUACCACAAGGCUAUCCGUGGAUUGACCACCGCCUCGGUGUCGGUCAACAUCUACGAUACCUUCCCUGGCCAGAUUCAAUCUUUCCGUGAGCGCUGCGGAAGGAUUUCUGAGGCUAUGUGGCGGCAUCAGCUUGCUAAGGAGAACAUUGACACCGAAAGAGUUGCCAUUGUCAAGUCUGUCCGAUCUUGGCUUGCCCCCGAAGACCGCGUCCUCAGUCGCCUGGCCGAAAACACCUCACAUCUCGCCCACGAGCGUGAGGAAAUGACUUGCCUUUGGAUGGGCCCAUACUUGACUCGCUUCCUGAAGAGUCAAAAUCACACUUUGUCAUUCUACGGCAAGCCUGGAUCUGGCAAGACCGUUCUUGCCUCGGUUAUUGUCGACCGUCUGCAGGAGCAGAUUGGCGGUGUUUCAUACAAGACCUUGUUUGUUCCUAUCAAUGCCCGCAUCCCUGCCGAGACUACUCCCAUUGCAAUUGCGAAGACUAUUUUGUUCCAGCUUUUCGAGAAGCGCAUCGGCAAUGUUCAGCUUCUGCAUAUUCUCGGCGAUGCCUAUGAGCGAAGCCGGAAGACAACCGGCCCUGCAGAUUAUGAGAACAUUAUCUGGAAUGCUCUGGAGCGUGCCCUGGCGGCUGCUCUCCGUGGUGCCAAGGAGCUGGUCAUUGUCAUCGAUGGUCUCGACGAGGCUACUGGCGGGGAGGCUGCUCUGCUCCAGAGACUGACUGUCGCCACUUCCAACGCCGUCAAUGUCCGGCUCAUUACUCUUGGUUCUGAGAAACCUACCACUAAGGAGAACGUGAUGGCCGUUCCUAUCACUGAGGAUCGCAUCGCAGAUGAUGUCGCUGCUGUUGUCCGAGACAUCUUCGAGAGUAGCCGCAUUUUCCGGGAGAUGUCCGAAUUGGAUCGAGAGACUGUGGUGGAUCAAAUCACCGAAGCUUCCCAAGGUUCAUUCCUAUGGGCUAAGCUUGCUGCUAAGCGUGUUCGCCACGAGCACAACCUUGAUGCCUUCCGAAAGACCGUCGAGUCCGUAGUCACGAGCAAGUGGACUGUCACAGAUUUUGUUAGCCAUGCUCUCGCCUCUCCCGAAAUCAGCGAGGAUGCGAAGUUCAUGCUUCUCUGGCUUGCAACUGCAGAGCGGCCUCUUUUGAUGAAGGAGCUUGCGACACUGGCCUCGGUCCAGCUUGAUAAACAGACUGUGUCCGAUCGCAAGAUUGAUAUUAUUACCAUUCUGAAACCCUUGAUCUCUCUUGUUUUCAUCCAAGAUGGCCAGGUUUACCUUCGCCACGGCCUCAUCCGCACGGCCGUUCUGGAUGUCUACACCAGGGGCAAGCUCAUCCCCACCGUCAAGGACCAUCAUGCCGAUCUCGUGACUCGACUCUUUGUCUAUAUCAAGACUACUGUGACUGAGCAGCAUGAACCCUCGCUGACUCCUCUGGACCGCCACGACACCAGCAUUCUUGUUCAAAAGUAUCCCCUUCUUGACUUCUCAGUGCGCUAUUGGCCCUACCAUUUGAGAAAUACCACCGUCUAUACCACUGGUGGUGAUGCUCCCACGGCCAAGGAGUUUGGCAAGCUCUUCCCGGCUACUGUCACUUUGCUGCUCCUGCAGAACACCUUGUGGCAGAACAUCUCCACCCCGACACUCCUGACAUACCUGACCAUUGUCAGCAACAUCACCCGCCAAAUCCUGACUCCAAACAAUGUCGUUACGCUGCAGUCUAUUAUCUCUUUGGCCCUUUUCCGUCGUGACAUUAGUCACGUCACCGAGGCAGUUUCACUGUUCUACGAGAUCACUAUCAUCAGCCGCACUCUGCUCACUGUCAAACAUAUUAUUACCAUGCAGAUGUCGAGCUUCUUCCUGGACCUCACAGUCGAGCAGGUGACCACUACCAAGACUGACAUUAUGGUCAAGCGUGAGGAGAUUCUCCUUCUCAUUGUCGAGUGCUACAAGGUUCACUACGGCAACAACUCAGAGAAGGUCGUCAGUACUCUGAAGACCUUGAUUGAGCACUACCGGCUUAUCAAGGAGGAGAAGAAGAUCAGAGAGAUUGAAAUCACGAUUCAGACCAUUACCGGGACUCGCUACGAUGGUGGCGAUGAAACCGAUACUCGUGGUAAUCUUCACGUCCACCUCAGGGGUCACAAGCAGAAUGGUGAAAUUGGCACUCGCUUCAUUCUGGAGACCGAGGUCGAUGAGUACCAGUCAGAGACCUUUGAUUUCGAGGCGCUUCUCAAGCUGGCUGAAACAUACGUGUCCGAGGGUCGCAUUGCCGAGGCUGAGCGUAUUUACGUUGAGAUUUGGCAGCGGGCUAGCAAGGAGUGCCGUACUCAGUAUUCAGAGUACUGGGAGCAGAUCAAGCUCAAGUCGGUCACCAUCUACUCAAAGUUCCUUCAAUCCCAAAAGCGCGAGUAUGAGGCAUCUUCUAUUCUGUCUAGUGUUUGGGAGGAAUAUCGCAGCUCAACCCUGUCUGUGUCCGAGUCGACUGCUUCCCACUUCCAGGAAAUCGCCAAGAUCAUGACGGCUGUUGGGCUCUCCACAGCAGCUCUCAGCAUCUUCAAGCACUGUGCUCAUUACUACAAGAGCACCAACCGCACUCAGUCCUCGCAAUACACGGAAAUUCAGAAGAGCAUCGAGCAGACAUCCCAGCAGGUCAUGCACCAAGCAAGCUCCUCUUCUUCGGUGGUUUCUGAGUCUGUUUUGGAGGAGAUUGUUUACGAGGCUUCCAGCUCCAUUACCAAGAUCGAUCAGAGUUCCUUCACUGCCACUUACACUCUGGUCGAGCUGUAUGUCUCUCAGCACCGCUGGAAGGAUGCUACUCGCGUUGUCAAGAAGGUUCUGCAUGGUCUUUGGCCAUCCCUGUUCGCUCCAUCAAUCCAGGAUGUCCUGCUUCCUAGCCAGCACGUCGAGAAAUGUGUGAACCUGGCUGAGCGUCUGAGCCAAUGCUACCACUACCGCCGUCGCUUCCCUCGCGAAGAGGGCAUUCGUGUCCGCGUGUACCGCGCCGUUCGGGCUGCUAAGCCCGUUGAUGACAAGCUGCGCGACCGUGUCACCACCGAGCUGGUUUACUUCUACGAGCGCUCUUCCCAGCCCGACCGGGUCAUUAGCACUUGGCAGGAGAUCUUGGAGGACUAUAUCACACACUAUGGACCUGAGCACACCAUCGUCAUCAAGACCCUCUGGACCCUUGCAGAGCUCACUCGCCCUCGCCCCAUCUCGAUCGAGUACUACCAGCGCAUUAUCCGCGCCUUGAACAAGGAUUCUCCCCAUUGCCAUCCUGAUGCCAUUGAGCCUUUGAUCAUUGUCGUCACUGAGCUGUGGAACCAGAGUCGCUACUCUGAUGCCGUGUCAUACUACUCGAUGCUAUUCACCACUUUCUUGAACGAGCCCAAGAAGCAUCCCAAGUUCCAAGUGACUGACUUCGUUCAGGAGUUCUUCACUCGGUAUACCCACUGCCUCCGCAGUGUGCGUACUGAUUACACCAAGAUCCACAAGGUGACAGUUGACUACCAGACUAAGGUCAAGGCUGUCUUUGGUGCAACUGCAACUAUCACCAUCAAGGCGACUGUGACCCUCGCAAGGGUGUGCCAGGAGUCUAGGCGGUUCGAGAUCGACGCUAUUGCUCUGUACGAAGAGCUGCUCACUAUCCAGUCCACCGAGAUUGACAGAGAUGAGAUCACAGCCAUCCUUGAUGGUAUCUACGAGGAGCAAACCGCAAUUGCUAUGUCUAAGUCCGAGUCGAUCUCUGCCACUCAGAUCGAGCGUGCUUCUAAGGUCUUGCGCAAGCGCAUCACAUCGGUCCGUGAGACUUACGGUUGGGCUCACGAGGAAUCUUUGACCAAGCUGAAGGAGAUUGUCUCCUUCCACUCCAAGCACAGCGAGUCGUCUGAGUCUGUUCUCUCGGAGCUCAAGGAGUCUACCGUGCAGAUCCUGAAAACCGAGUCUUCCUCCACUCGCCUUGUCGCUGCUGCUUCGACCAUCGCCGCCAGCUACAUUGCCACCAACCAGGUGACCAAGGCGACUGAGUUGACCCAGGAACUGUACCGUCAGGUUGUCAUGAAGGACACAACCAAUAUCAAGUCCACCAAAUUUGAUCUCACCUCCAAGGGUCGCCAGAGCCUGAUCUUCUUGGCCCAGCUCGAGCAAAGUCUCCUCCAGCGAAACUCGACUAUCACCGAGAUCCUAGCUGCGCUGACCACUCAAUACGUGUACUUUGAGGAGUUCCGCAGUCAUAUCUCCUCCAAGAGCAGCUCUUUCCACACCGUCUCGGUCUCUGCCUCCCGCCUAUACCACUUCUUGCUCUCCAACAACCGUCAGACUUUUGCUAUUCGCGUCUUUGACGACUACGUUGCGUACUUCGUAGCCACCGAGGGCAAGCGCACCAAGUUGACCGAAACUAACCAGGUGAAGAUCUUCUUGUCGACUAUCUUGGAGCACUUCAGCACCCACAAGUCCACCAGCUUUAUUCGCUCGGUUGGUAUUGCUAGUAACUACCGUGUUCUCGAUCUCCUUCAGAAGAAGAACUACGAUGGUGCUUGUGACCUUGCUAUCGCCUCCUUCCGGUACAUCUCUGCCCACGAUGUGUAUCGCUCUACCGCCAUCGUUAAAUUCGUCUUCACUUUGGGUGUGUUUAUUACCGGACGUACCACCGUUCCACGGCCUGAUCAAGCUACCCAGAAGAAGCUGCUCGGUGUCUCUGCGCACAUUAUCCAGGAGGUCCUCCGCGUUAUUGGUGACUUGAAGAUCAAUCUGGCUGAGAUCAAUCUGGAUUACCUGAACAUCCUUAUCGGUGUCCUCGGCGAACAAAAGGACUACAAGAACCUUGUUUGGGUCCUUUCCAGCCUUUGGAACAGCCGCAACAAGCAGAUCAACUGGUCGCCUGCCGUCACUCUCCAGCUGGCCCGUCGCUACAUUCUGGCUCGCUACCUGGUUGGUGACGCUCUCAAGGCCUCGCGUCUGGCCGAGGAUAUUGUGUACAACUGCCGCCGUGUCAAUGGUGCCCGCCACCAGAGCACCCUCGAGAUGUCUACCCUGCUUUCCCAGCUGUACGCUGGUAUCGCUCAGCGCUACCAAUCUGAGAAGGGUGGUCAGCACAUGGCAAACAAGUACUACAAGAAGAUCGCUAGUGUGCACGAGAACCUGCUCCGCAUCUUCGCGGAUCCAUCUCUGGUUGAGUUUGAGGGUGGCCUCGACAGCAGCUUCAGCAUGGAUGGCUCCGCCUACGACCUUGAUCUUGGAGACAGCACCCCCAACGGCUCGAUCACCGACGCCGAGCAAGUCCGCCAGCACCUGCAGCUGCUCAAGCUUGCCGUGCAGCGCCUGGGUGACUGGCCCAAGGAUUACACUGAGUACGAGCGCCUGAACGCCGAUUUGUUCCUUGAGUUCGGUGAUGAGCUUAAGGGUGUUGAGGGUGUUGAGAAGUGGGAUCUCAAGAAGUUUGGUUCUGGCAAGGCCUCUGGCAAUGAGGACCAGCUGAGCUUGGAGUUCAAGUCCUGGGAGCUGGAAAUUGCUCAGCCUGAAGAAGUUGAGGAGGAGCUAUAA